UUUAAUGGAAUCUGCUGAAAGACAAGCUGCCGCAAUUAAAAAGGCUAACGAAACCAAAGCGACCAAUUCAAAAAAUAAAAUGGUACAAUCACCUACAAUUCCUAUUUUGUCAUCACCAUCAUCUUCAAAUAAUCAAACAACAAUUUUGCAAAUUGGAGAAUUUCCAAGAAAAGAAGAUUCAAAAUUAAAAGAGGAAGAAGAAAAAUUGUUAAUUGGGCAGCGUAAAAAAUUCCAAGCACUGAGGCUAGCUGACAAUAAUGAUAAUUGGUCUACAAGUAAUGAGGAUGAAGAGGAAGAAAAUGAAUGGUCAACAGCGGCAAGUCGUUGCUAA